CUUUUAUAAAUACAGACACCUCUCCGUAUCUACAUUUCUCGCGGCAAUCAACUAACCUUUUGAUUAGCCGCUCUUCAUCCCACCCCCCUUUCUCUCUCUAAAAAUGUCCACCGUCGCCGACGCUGGCACCGCCACCAGACAGUACUUCUGCUACCAAUGCAAUUGCACGGUCAAUGUAGCAACAGAAUCGUCAUCCUCUGAAGUCAUUUGCCCGCAAUGCAACGGAGGUUUUCUCGAAGAAUACGACGAUUCUAAUUUAAAUGCUCCUGAUUUGUUUCCGGAGAAUAAUGAAAUUUCAAGGAUUCUACGAGGGGGAAACAUGUUUGGGGGUCGGGAUGAGUUCGAUCCGUUGUCGUUUUUCUUGACUUAUUUGAAUACAUUGCGUGCUGGUGGUGCAAAUAUACAAUUUGUGGUCAAUAACAAUAACAAUAAUGAUGAUGAUGAUAACAAUAAUAAUAAUAAUCGUCGAGAUUUUUAUAGUGAUCACGGGAGAUUGAUUAAUCCGCUAGGACUACGAAUUCCGAUAAAUUUAGGUGAUUAUGUUGUUGGACCAGGGCUUGAACAAUUGAUACAGCAGUUAUCGGAGAAUGAUCCGAAUAGGCACGGACCACCUCCUGCUGCAAAAUCAGCGGUGGAAGGGCUUAAGAGUGUCGAGAUUAAGGAUGAGAUGAGUGAUUGUGAUUAUUCGCAAUGUGCGGUGUGCAUGGAUGGUUUUGCGGUAGGGGAGAAGGCGAAAGAGAUGCCGUGUAAACAUUUGUUUCAUUCGGAUUGUAUUCUGCCGUGGCUGGAGAUGCAUAACUCAUGUCCUGUUUGUCGGUUUGAGUUGCCUACGGAUGAUGAGGAUUACGAGAAUAGGAAGCGUGGGGUGGAGCCGAGUGGAGGCGGGAUAGGACAAGCGAGUGGAGGUGGGAUGGCGCAAUUGAGUGGAGGGAGAACAAUGACACUCGGUAUUGGGGGGUCUUUGGGAAAUGUAUACAGUAAUCCCAGGAUGAUGGAGAGGAGGUUUAGGAUCCAGUUGCCAAUGCUCAUCAGAAGUGGAGGGGAAACAAGCAAUACCGGAACUGGAAAUAGUGAGCCGGAGAAUGAUCAUGCUGGAGGUUCCAACACCGAUAGUCAAGCGACAGACGACGUUGAUUAAAUAUGAAACUGCUCUCGAAAACCGGAGACAGAGUGCCGAAUUUGAACAUAUAAAGAUUAUCUUACAGAGUUAACACAAGAAUGUAAAUCAGUACUUUGAACAAUGAUCCUGUAUGUAUAUAAUUUCUUUAAUUCUUCUGUGUUCUUUAUGUACUUUUCUCAAUAACCAGAGUCAAAAUCGGCACAUCAGUAAUCCAAUAGUUCAAUUGUUAUCUCUUUACUUUUUUUGCUCU